UUUUCAUUGUCCAACUUCAUGGGCAGCUAAGUAUGCAAAGAAUCCACCUUGCAGGUUUAGAAUAUCCCCUCGUCAAUAGAGAAUCAGCAAUAUUACAAGUUCUAAACGCUUUUGAAGCUACUUAUCCUUCGGACUCAAAAGGUGUAAUCCAAGGUCAGCGACCAAACGUGUGUUAUGCACCCCAAAUGUAUGGGAGUGGUAAAAGCACUUUUGGGGAGAAUUUCCAAACCUUUCUUUUGGCCAACAAAGACAGCUUGUUGCGUUAUUUGAAUAUGAACAAUAUGUUUCCUGGCGUUGCAAGAGGUGAAAAUGUAGGCGAACGUGCAUUGGACGCUUUGCUUAAUGAAACUUUAUAUGUCAAGUUGAACCUUGUUGAAGUACCAAACGGAACUAGUUUUCAAACGACACUUUUGAAGUGGAUAAGCAAGAAAGCACUUGCCGAGUUUCCAAACGGUUCAGAAUUGCUAUCUCAAGUUCUUUAUUGCAUGAAUAGUUCCAAACAAUGGCUGCAGAAACUCUUGCAAGUUACCCAAAAACGUUAUUUAUAUCUAUUCAUUGACGAAAUUGGAGCUUUAGAAGGUUUUAAAUUCUCCAAGUUUGAGGAUUUGAUAUACAGUUAUGGACCAACUCCGGCGCACAACAUUUAUCGUGCCUUUUUUAGAGUCUUGUCCAGUUUGUUAGUCAGGCCUUUUGUAAUUUGUGUUGUCGCAGGAAGAUCAGAUGCUAUUAUCACAAGACAACGAGAUGCCAGUAUUUCACGAGUAAAGUUGUCUUUUCUUCGUUUGGAUCCCUUUUCAGAAGAGACUGUCAAGUUCUUUAUACAAAAUACGACGCAUCAUAAUGAAUCUAUUCUAAAGCUUCUUUUUCCUAAUCAUCCAGAAGGACACGAUUGGUUCUUUAAACAAAUACAUAGUUAUACUGGUGGUGUUCCUUAUUACGUUGUUUAUGUUUUAAAGAAACUGUGCGAGACUUGUAGAAUUGUUUCGAGAUCCAUUGAUCCUUCAGAGGAUGAAAUCCAAAGGAGAAUAGAGCAAAUUCCUCCUGACUCUUCGCUUUCGGUGAGACCUUCUCAUAGGACACCAGAGGCAAUGACUACUUUCACUGCUAUGCUUCUCGCGAGUAUGUUAGAAUUUCGUAUUCCUAUGGAAGAGACUCUGUUGGAUACUGUAUCUAUGGGACUUGAUUCCAAAUAUGUUCUGGAUAUUGCUAAUCAUUUUGGUUUUUAUUACAAAAAUUGUUCUAAGAAUGAACACGGUGAAGAGAUUGAAGCAAGUCUCAACCCAAUAGAACAAACAUUUGUCAAGUUGGUUUUUCCAAAAAUUGCUUUAAAGUAUAUCGAAAUUGAAUGCUGGGAUGUUCCUCCUAUUCGUUUUAUUUGUAGUUUGUUUUCAUCCAUUAGUCGCUUUGACUCACCUUCUAGUCGUGGUUUCAAGUUUGAAAUUAUAUUUACUCUUAUUCUUUAUGUUCGAUGGUGUUUUCGUUCCAGAUUGGGUGAAUUGAGUCUAUUUCGGCAUAGUCUUGUAGAAGAUAUUCCUAUAAAAGUUGGGCGGAGAGUGGUAGGAGAAUUCGAAAAGGAUCCUAUUCUCAAGUAUGUUCCAGCAUUGAGUUCCACAGUUGUUGGUAUUCAUAGUGCCAGCGAAGAAACUUAUCAUGUGAGUGCUUGGAAGCCGUUGUUUGAAACUUGCUUAUCAAAUGAUGGAAUAUUUAUUCCUACAAGGCAAAACUCCAGUGGACCUGAUGUUCUUAUUCGAGUAACACAAACUAGCGACAAUUCUAUUCUUAUUGGACAAGAUGCAUCUUCUGUAGAGCAAAUAUCCAUGGAAACUGAAACCAGUGCAAGUGAUAUUUUGAACAAACGGAGGAUCUAUUUGAUUGGGAUUGCAUUGAAGUGUUAUCAAAUGUCAAGUCCUGGUGUUGGACGUUCUAUAAUUAAAGCAGAAUGUGCUAAAUUUUUACAUCCAGUUGCGUCACAAUUGGACUUGGAGAAUCAUAAUAUAAUGGCAAUUCAGCUUAUUGUAAGCAACAAGUAUACUGCAGAAGUAUCCAAACAGCUGAAAGACAACCAAAAUUGGGUAUUGGAUAGUGGAAUUUAUUAUGAAGACCAUAACAAUCAUAUUGUCUCUAGUCCUAUCAAUUCUGCGACAAAACCACAGAAUACAAGGGAAGAAUGGCUAUGGAUUCCUCCUCAUUGUCAAGUUGUAGUAUGUUCUACCAGCUCUCUCAAAUCCUUUUUAGGUUGCAAGGCUAGUGAAGAUCUAGAUAGAGUUUUUGGAGACCAUCCAUUAUGGUUGGACCAACUCAGACCACUUUCAAAUCUGUUGGAAAAUUCAUUGAUAGACCUGUUGAGUCGUGCACCAUUUGAGCAGUCUUCUGAGAGGAAUAUUCAAUCCAUGGAGAGGGGUAACCCAGUUAUGAAUUGGAAUGUUAUGCAAGUGGAAGAAGAAGAUACACGAGGCGAACAAAAGGUUGCAGCAUCGAGUUCUUUGUCUUCGUCAUUUGAUUGGAAUACUUUCCUAAGAGAAUAUUGUCAUUUUACGGAAGCUCCUUUAAUUGAGCGUUAUGCUCAUCAAUUGCGAUUGUUUAGCCCACUGUCUUUUCCUUACUUGAAUGACACACGUUUAUCUCGCUAUGGUAUAGCUCCACAGGACAUUCCAUUGAUAGUUGACGGAAUACAUGAGUUUCUUGAGCAACAAUCGAUGAACGUGGAUCUUGUUGAAAGAUAAACUUUUUCAAGGCUGGAUUAUUGUGUUUCUAAAAUAAAACUAUAGUUUGAAGAAAAUUGUAUUCAGAAUAUUCAGUGUUUUAUAAUUA